AACAGCAGCUCAGCUGUUGUGAGUUGGCAACGGCGGGGUCGGAGGCGAAAAGAAGAGACCCUUUGAGCGGGGUGGGCGGGCCUCUUUCAAUCCCCCCACCCGGCGCAGCAAAGAAAGAGGCGGGGGCGGGUCGCCGCAGUGACGCGAAAGCGGGUGGAACGUUCGCAAGAUGUUGCCGACUACAUCAGUUAAUUCCCGAGAUCAGGGCAAUGGAUCUAUAAACUCUAUGGAAGCGGCAAGGCACACAGCAGGAGCAAAGCGGUAUAAAUAUUUGAGGAGACUCCUUCACUUUCAGCACAUGGACUUUGAAUUUGCUGUAUGGCAGAUGCUGUAUCUAUUCACUUCGCCGCAGAAGGUGUACAGAAACUUUCAGUAUAGGAAACAAACAAAAGACCAGUGGGCAAGAGAUGACCCUGCCUUCCUUGUGUUGUUGAGUAUCUGGCUGUGUGUAUCCACGAUAGGAUUUGGCUUUGUGUUGGGCUUUGGAUUUUUUGAAAUGAUUACGCUUCUGCUUUGGGUUGUGUUUAUAGACUGUGUAGGAGUUGGUCUCCUAAUUGCAACUUUAAUGUGGUUCAUCUCCAAUAAGUACUUGAUAAAGCACAAGAGCAGAGACUUUGAUGUGGAGUGGGGAUAUGCCUUUGAUGUGCAUUUGAAUGCUUUCUAUCCACUUCUUGUCAUCUUGCAUUUCAUCCAGCUGAUCUUCAUUCACUAUAUAAUUCUGUUGGAUUCAUUUGUUGGCUAUUUCGUUGGGAAUACCUUCUGGUUGAUUGCAAUUAGUUAUUACGUCUAUGUGACAUUUCUAGGAUACAAUGCACUGCCGUUCCUGAAGAACACUGUCAUUCUUCUAUAUCCAUUUGCACUUCUUAUCCUGCUCUACGUGGUUUCAUUAGCGAUGGGAUGGAAUUUCACAAAAGCACUUUGCAUUUUCUACACAUACAGAGUGAAAUAAACUGGACUCUUUAUCAACAAAUUGGUUGAUCUGGCCUCUUGUACAAAUAGGUGAGAAAUAUACUCUUGUAAAUUACUGUAAAUAACUUGCUCUUCGCUGUAGAUCAGUGUGUACAAAAUACCUGGUUUUUAAAAUACAAUGGCGGGCAUACUAAUUCUGUAUUCUUCUGCUGUCCUUUCCUCAUUGAAAGAGUUGUACAUCUCCUAAUAAAGUUUUUUUUUUAA